AUGGAUAAAACCAAAAGAUUGGGUGAAGGUCAGCAGCUUUGGACACUGAAUCGCGGCCCUUCAUAUGUUUGUGCAUUAAAGGGUUCAACAGUGAACUUAUCUUGUGUUUUAAACUCUCCACAUGAUCAUGAGCUCUCCACAGUCUUCUGGACCAAAACCGCUGUAGCUGAUGGAGAAACAUCAAACCUGUGUUUAGACCCAGAAAACAGAGGAAGAGUUCAGUGUUUCAGUGGAGAUAAAGACACUCACUUUCUCACUUUGAGUAGUGUUAGAGAAGCUGAUAAACACAUCUACUACUGUAGACUCACUACAAACAGAGGAACAUGGACGGGGUUUCCUGGAGCUCAGCUGGACGUCACAGAUCUGCAGGUGGAGACAGAGCAGACUGUGAAAGAGACAGAUCCAGUCACUCUGAGAUGUAAAAGCAGCUGCUCUCUGCCUCGAACAUCAUUCAUCUGGUUCAGAAACACAGAGAGAUUUACUACAGGAAUCAUCUCAGAGAAUCAGCUUCAUCUUCAGUCAGUCAGUCGUCUUCAUUCAGGAAACUAUCAGUGUGCUGUUUCAGGAUAUGAACAUCUGAUCUCUCCACCUGUUUAUCUUAAUGUUGAAUAUCCUCUUCGGAGCGUCCGGGUGUCCGUCAGUCCUUCUGCUGAAGUAGUGGAGGGAGAUUCAGUGACUCUGAUCUGCAGCAGUGACUCAAACCCUCCUGCUCUGAACUUCAGCUGGUUUAAGGAGAAUCAAAGCUCAGCUGUUGGAUCUGAACAGAGUUUGAUCAUCUCCAGCUUUAACUCCAGUCACAGUGGACUCUACUAUUGUGAGGCUCAGAAUCAACAUGGCUUUCUGAGAUCAGCGUCUGUUUCUGUCUCUGUUAAAGGGGUUCAGAGAGUUGUGCACAUACUUACUGGGAUAGUGGUGGGAUGUGGAGCAUUGAUCUUCAUCAUCUUCAUUAUUGUGUUCAUACGGAAGAGGAGAGACGGUGGAAGAGAAGACGUGAAUCAAAAGCAGACGGCUGAUGAUACAUACACUGCCCUGGAUCCAGUGACCAGAACAUCUGCUGACAUCUACAGCACCAUCAGAUCUGGUCACUCCAGAUCUCCUGAUGACACCUACACGGCUCUGGAGCUUCAGUCCAGAUCUUCUGAGUACGAGACUCUGGCGGGAGCUUCAGCAGGUCCACAUUAAACUCUCCUAAACUACUCUCCUAAAUAUCAUAUUCUGAUGAUUCAUUAUAUAUAUAAAAUCAUUCUCAAUAACUUGCUAAAACGUUUUUGAAGUAACUGUAUGCUGUAAAACAACUAUUUACAUUUGUUUUAUUCAUUUUUCAGAUGUAUGUUGUACAUUUCACAUGCUUUUAUAUUAAUACAGUUAACUUGUGUACUUCUGGUAUUUAAAGGAACAUCACAGUAAUGUAGUUCAGUGUCUCUUCACUGGAUUAUUCAAUGACUCCAUGGUUUCCAAUCAUGUAAUUUCACAAUACAGCUAAGCAGCAUUUUCUUGUUAAACACAAUAUCUGUAACUGAUUGUAUUAAAGUGUCUAUUUGAUCUGAUAUCUGAAUGGAUUUUGUUCUACUGUAUUUUACUGGAGUGACCUCAUAAUGCUUGUAUUGUUUAAAAUACCAACAUCCGACGCAAUAAACGUUUUUUCCUCUU